AUGGCGAUCAGAGCAACCAUUCCUCUCCUCUUCCUCCUGGGAACCAGCCUUCUCUUUGCCGCGGCUGUUUCGGCCUCCCGUGACGACGAGGAGGACAGGCGCGGUGGGCACUCGCUGCAGCAGUGCGUGCAGCGGUGCCAGCAGGACCGGCCACGGUACUCGCAUGCUCGGUGCGUGCAGGAGUGCAGGGAGGACCAGCAGCAGCACGGGAGGCACGAGCAGGAGGAGCAAGGCCGUGGCCAUGGCCGGCACGGCGAAGGGGGGCGUGAGGAGGAGCAGGGCCGUGGCCGUGGCAGGCACGGCCAGGGGGAGCGUGAGGAGGAGGAGGGCCGUGGCCGUGGGCGGCACGGCGAGGGAGAGCGUGAGGAGGAGGAGGGCCGUGGCCGUGGGCGGCACGGCGAGGGGGAGCGUGAGGAGCACGGAAAGCACGAGCAGGGCCGUGGCCGGCGCGGCGAGGGAGAGCGUGAUGAGGAGCACGGGGAUAGCCGCCGGCCGUACGUGUUCGGCCCGCGCAACUUUCGUAGCAUCAUCCGGAGCGACCACGGGUUCGUGAAGGCCCUUCGCCCGUUCGACGAAGUGUCCAGGCUCCUCCGAGGCAUCAGGAACUACCGCGUCGCCAUCAUGGAGGUGAACCCGCGCUCGUUCGUCGUGCCGGGACUCACGGACGCGGACGGCGUCGGCUACGUCGCUCAAGGCGAGGGGGUGCUGACGGUGAUCGAGAACGGCGAGAGGCGGUCCUACUCCGUCAGGCAAGGCGAUGUCAUCGUGGCGCCGGCGGGGUCCAUCAUGCACCUGGCCAACACCGACGGCCGGAGGAAGCUGGUCAUCGCCAAGAUCCUCCACACCAUCUCCGUGCCCGGCAAGUUCCAGUAUUUCUCGGCCAAGCCUCUUCUCGCGAGUUUGAGCAAACGCGUGCUGAGAGCGGCUCUCAAGACCUCGGAUGAGCAGCUGGACAGGCUGCUGUUCGGCAGGCGCCAAGGCCAGGAGGAGGAGCCCAUCUCCAUCGUCCGCGCGUCCGAGGAGCAGCUCCGCGAGCUGCGUCGCGAGGCGUCCGAGGGCGGGCAGGGCCACCACUGGCCUCUCCCCCCGUUCCGCGGCGACUCGCGCGACACCUUUAACCUCCUGGAGCAGCGCCCCAAGAUCGCCAACCGCCAUGGCCGCCUCUUCGAGGCCGACGCCCGGAGCUUCCACGCCCUUGCCCAACACGACGUCCGUGUCGCCGUGGCCAACAUCACACCGGGAUCUAUGACCGCGCCUUACUUGAACACCCAGUCGUUCAAGCUCGCCGUCGUGCUGGAAGGCGAGGGCGAGGUGCAGAUCGUGUGCCCGCACCUUGGCCAGGACAGCGAGCGCGAGCACGAGCACGGCAAGGGCAGGCGGAGCGAGGAAGAAGAGGACGACCAGCGGCAGCAACGCCGACGCGGCUCCGGCUCCGAGUCGGAGGAGGAGCAGGAUCAGCAGAGGUACGAGACGGUCCGCGCGCGGGUGUCGCGCGGCUCGGCGUUCGUGGUGCCCCCCGGCCACCCGGUCGUGGAGAUCGCCUCGUCCCGCGGCAGCAGCAACCUCCAGGUGGUGUGCUUCGAGAUCAACGCCGAGAGGAACGAGAGGGUGUGGCUCGCCGGGAGGAACAACGUGAUCGGCAAGCUGGACAACCCCGCGCAGGAGCUCACGUUCGGCAGGCCCGCCAGGGAGGUGCAGGAGGUGUUCCGCGCCAAGGAUCAGCAGGACGAGGGCUUCGUCGCCGGACCCGAGCAGCAGGAGCAGGAGCGCGGGGACCGCCGCCGUGGUGACCGCGGCCGCGGCGACGAAGCCGUGGAGGCCUUCCUGAGAAUGGCAACCGCCGCGCUCUGA